GGCGUACGUGAUUUGGUCUCUGUCUACAUCGACCACGUUCUCUAUUGAAAAGAAGUAGAUCUAUUUUUAUAAUCGAUUUGACGAGCCGAUUUAUCGGAUCGCUGUAUGUUUAUUGUUGACAGCAUGGCAGGAUAGCUUUAAAGCGCAAUCAAACAUGUAAUUAGUGUGUUUUGUAAAUUUAAUUGGAUUUUAAUCGUGCUUUUAAGCGAAAAUGUUAACAAAAACUCCAGGGCAAGUGACGAUUGGUAAUGGUCAAGGGAAGAGAGCUGUAACAUUAUUGACAGACGGAGGAUGCUACUAUCCUGUUAUAUCACACUAUUCAUAUGUAGACAGACAAUUGAGGGCUCAAUCUGCGCCAAAUAAUGCAGGUCGAAUACGCGGCAUGCGCCCGAUGCAUCAAACUACGAUGCAGAUGGGAAAACCACCGUGGUCUGCAAAAGAGACUUACAUUACUUCAUCCAAAAGAAACUUUGGAGGAAGUAAGAGCUUGAACCCAGUACGUCGUCCACCACUGUGCCCAUCAAUGCAUACAUCACAAAUCAAACUGGUUCAUCCCAGGGAUGAAAACUCGGAAUGGAAUACUCAUUAUACAAAUACUUUCAUGGAAAAACCUAUAAUACCUGCCAAUAGAUUACAUUUAACUUCCCUAGUCAACAGAAUUGAUCAAACAGAAGGUGCUGAUAUGAAAGAAAGUAUAAAAGUGGAUCCCAGCUCGUCAAACUAUUUCACACAAUAUACAAGAAUUCACAGUAAACUUGGCAAUGUGCUGGGAACCGGUGUUCCGAGAGAUUAUCCUGUAAGACAGGAAUAUAAUGUUAUAACAGGUGAAACUGGAGGUGCGGCCUGGAAGGAAAACAACAGAAGAAUAUCUGGAGAUAAAGUGUUACAUGCUGUACGGCGAGAACAUACCACCAUUUUAGGUUAAUCAAAAUAGGUCUCGUUAACAUAAUAUGCAUAAUAUAUUUGAAUAUUCCAUUACUGUUA